CAACAGUGAAGAACAGAUGCCACGUUGAGGAUCAGGCACAACAAAGAAGCUUCCAGUAAGAAAAACACAACUACCUGCACCAGAGGUCAGAUAGGAAAAAAAGAAAAGAAGAAUAUCCUCCAUCUCUUUUCCCUGUUAAUAGUGAUCUCAUUUCAAGAACAGGAAAGGUCUUGGAUUCAUCUCCAAAAAGAAGCCACGCCUUCUGACACUUAUCAGAGCUGAAAGCUCGCCUUCCUCCUCCUUCCCUCCUCUUCCCAGCUGCAGAAUCCUUGGCUCCUCCACACGGUUGCCAGUCUCCGUCCACCAUGGACCGCUCAACGCAGGAGCUGUUUCUCAAUUUCAUGAUCGUCUUGAUCACCGUGCUAUUGAUGUGGCUACUGGUGAAAACUUACCAGGACUAAAGCAUGGAGCAGCAGGAGAGAAGAUGAGCGAGAGGCCAAGCAGAUGGAGAGAUAUGUGUGGAGAGAGGCCACGCAUUUCUGCUGGCUGAAUAUUGUCCAGACACAAUGUUUACAAAGUCAUUGGUCUGAUCAAUCGCUCUAGUAUGGAUGUGAGGUUCAAUACCAUGUGACUUCUAAAGCCAGGGCAGACGCUCAAUGACAAACCAGUGUUUGUUAUUAAUUUUUAAUGUUUGUAUGCUGAGGCGCUUUGUAAUUGUGCUUAUGAGUUUCUGGUGUAAGCCUAAGCCAAAUUUAAAAAAAAAAAGAAUAUUUUUGAGGAGUGACUAAAAGUAAAACAAAAAGCAGAUUUUGACUGUGGAAACAUUGAAAGCGACAGCUAACCAGCUUUGUAAUGUCAAUAUAAGAAGUUUUAACCUUAGUCAGUGUCACUGUGUAUUCAUGU